CCGCCCAUUCACGCAGGGAGGACAGGAAAUCUAAACAUUACACUCAGAAAGAGGAAUCGGCUCGCCUCUCCCGCUGUCUGGCUCGGAGAGAGAGAAACGGAGUGUGUUCACCGCAUUAAGUUGUACGAUGACAACGAAAUGCGCCGCUCAGCCUUCGGGAAUGGCGAAGUUGAUGUCCGCUCUGUUUUACGCGGGCAGCUCUUUCCUGAUAACCGUGGUGAACAAGACUGUGCUGACCGGCUACAGGUUUCCUUCUUAUGCCUUUCUAGGAAUAGGACAGAUGGUAACUACGAUUGUGGUUCUGUAUGUGGCCAAAAAGAGCAACGCUGUGCAAUUUCAGGAUUUUGAUAGAAGUAUUUUCAAGAAGGUAUUCCCGCUUCCAUUGUUGUACACAGGUAACCACAUAACAGGUCUGGGGAGCACAAAAAAACUCAGUUUGCCAAUGUUUACAGUCCUGAGGAAGUUCACUAUACUCAUGACUAUGGGUUUAGAAGUGUAUUUAAUGAGAAAAACAUUCUCCAGACCGCUGGUGUACAGUGUUCUGACCAUAGUGUUUGGCGCUUUGAUUGCAGCCAGCUCAGACAUGGCCUUCGAGGUGGAGGGAUACGUUUUUAUUCUGCUCAAUGAUGCGUUCACUGCUGCGUACGGCGUUUACACCAAGAAGAAACUCGGGGUGGAGGGACUUGGAAAAUACGGUGUCCUGUUUUAUAAUGCCCUCAUCAUCGUCAUCCCCACUACCAUGAUAUGUGCAUAUACAGGGGACUUAGACAAGGCGUUAACAUUUCAGGAAUGGACAACAGUUCCCUUUUUAUUCUGUUUCAUCAUGUCCUGCAUUAUGGGGUUUGUACUGAUGUAUUCGAUAGUCCUCUGCAGCCAUUAUAACUCUGCUUUAACAACCACAGUAGUUGGGGCGAUAAAGAAUGUAGCUGUGGCCUACAUUGGUAUCUUUGUGGGAGGAGAUUAUGUGUUUUCUUGGACAAACUUUGUAGGCCUCACUAUAUGUAUGUCUGGUGGACUUGUGUACUCAUAUUUCAGCUUCAACACAACACCAGAGAGAACCAUAGAAGAGGUGAAAAUUGAUGUAACAGAAACCCUUCCUGAAGAGCAUCCUUCCAAGGAUUAAGAGAUUUUUACCACUAGGUGGUGCUAUUUUUCUCCAUACUGGAGCCAUUUAUUAUUUAUUAGAUGAUAUUUGUAAAUUAUUGAAAAUAUUUCUUAUGUAUAAAUAAAAAAAAGUUUACAGUCUGA